AUGCCGGAAACUUUUACUUUUAACAAACUAUUUCAGGAAACACAUAGUGAUGCGGUGGAAUUGUGUGCAUUGUUACAAUGCUUAGGCUAUUCCGUGAAAACAUUAUCUACAACCGACGGCAACGCGAGUGAAGAUGGACCUGCUAGAACCGUCGUUAUCAAUUGCCCCACUUCAGGUCUGCACGUGGUAUUGGAAAGUAACAAUCUCUCAUGUUCCUGUCCCGCGACGACGCAGCAACAGAACAGCGGGGUCUGGCAAGUGUCGGGGAUGACAGGAGGAAAACAACUAGAAACGGAAUAUGGUAGCAGCCUUCUCGGUACGUUACCAAAACAAUAUCGCGAACGUUUAACUAAAGAAUUAUUCGAAAUGGUGCGCGGCAUAAAAGAGAACAGCGAAUCCGAUCUUGAAAAACCGAAACGGGACUCAAUGGAAAACAAAUCGAUGAGUAUGCUCGAAAUGAAAACUCCGGACAAACGUAAAUUUCAACUUGCACUGGAAACACCGACACGCUAUCGGUCACUGGACACAUUGACCGCUAAAGACACGAACGACCAGAACCUUCCCGCACCAGGGCCAUUGCAAAAACAUGUAUCUACAGACAUGUCGUGUAACGAUAUCCAUGAUGUUAAGGAUAAAAAGAAGUUUACAUACCAGAGGCAGAGCACAUACACGCUGUCUUCAACUCCAGACAGUGUCUCGCGACGCAACAAGACAUCCAGCCCUUUACAAGGACAUCAAAAUAAAUUACUGGAAAAGCUUCUAUCCGCUGAAAGGCACGCAGAGAGUCUUCGCACUAAGCUGGCUGAUAUUGUUAAAGAAUUACAAGAAGAUGGGAAAUGUGAUACAUCCAUGUCCUCUCUCGCUUUGGACGUGUCGAAGAUAUCUAUACUAAAGGUUGAAUCCUCUAAAGUGCAAUUCUCAUCAAGUCCAAAUCUCUCAGGGGCAAGACGUGCGAGUUACGACUUCCCUAAAUCAAGGAAAUUAUACGCAGAGCGUGCUUCCACGUCCGACUUACUUUCUAACAAGAGGCUAACGAAAGAAGGAAAGAUGGCAAAAUUCCGUCGAGUUUCACCGAAAUUUUUAAAACUCAAAAAAGAUACAACAGACUCAAAAGUCGAUAAUGCCUCACAUCCAAAAAAUAAACUAAACAUGAUAUUCAAACAAAAAAUAGCAACGCCGGUCCGUGUGCCCAAAGUUAACGAACCCGCCACAUCUAAAUCGAGUCCAAACCUCAGUGCCAAUAAGAAGAAAUAUAGCCACAUCAAAUCAACCAUACCAAGACCAUCAUCUUUCAAAAGAGAAUAGACAAACUUCAAA